AUGGCACCUACAAUCACUUCAGCUAUGAUCUACUCUAAGAACCACCUGACUCUGACCAACAAGCUAAGAAAGCCAGUGGUGGAGAAGUUACGCAGAGAUCGUAUCAACAGCAGCCUUGAGAAGCUCAAGUCUCUCUUGGGUCCAGAGAUCCUCAAUCAGCAGCCCGACUCCAAGCUGGAGAAAGCAACCAUCCUGGAGAUGACAGUUAGCUUCCUGAAACGACAGCAACAGUAUCAACCAUUGAGCUCCUCCUCCUGCUCAGCACCUGACAAUCAGGGUUACUCCAGGUGUGUCCAAGAGAUUGUGCACUUCCUGUCCAAGGAUGAGGUGAAGACACACUCCCAGAGAAGACUACUGAGCCACUUCCAGAGCCUGCAGCCAUCCUCUGAUAAGAACAGGAGGGAGAGUGACCUGCUUCAGUUGAGCACCCCAGCCCAGCACAGCAUGAGCAAAGAGAAGGGUCCAGUCAACAGGGCCCUAUGGAGGCCCUGGUAG